AUGGCCACAAACAUCACCUUCCACGCCAGCGCCCUCACCCGCUCCGAGCGCUGCACCCUCCGCAACCAACGCGGCCUCACAAUCUGGCUCACCGGCCUCUCCGCCUCAGGCAAAUCCACCAUCGCCGUGGAACUGGAGCACCAGCUCCUCCGCGACCGCGGCGUCUCCGCCUACCGCCUCGACGGCGACAACAUCCGCUUCGGCCUGAACAAGGACCUGGGGUUCAGCGAGAAGGACCGCAACGAGAACAUCCGGCGCAUCGCGGAGGUGGCGAAGCUCUUCGCCGACAGCGCCAGCAUCGCCAUCACCUCGUUUAUCUCGCCGUACAAGGCGGACCGGGAGACCGCGCGCAAGCUGCACGAGGUGCCUACGCCUGGCGAGGAGACGGGACUGCCCUUUGUCGAGGUGUAUGUGGAUGUGCCCGUUGAGGUGGCGGAGCAGCGCGAUCCCAAGGGGUUGUACAAGAAGGCGCGGGAGGGAAUCAUCAAGGAGUUUACGGGGAUCAGUGCCCCCUACGAGGCGCCGGACAAGCCCGAGGUGCAUAUCAAGAACUAUGAUUUGCCGGUGCGGGAUGCGGUUGCGCAGAUCAUUGCGUACUUGGAUGAGCAGGGCUAUUUGCCUCCUAAGAAGGAGUAG